AUGCUCCACAAAAAUAUUCCGAUUCCCAAUCAAGCCAAACAUCCUCAUUUUGAUUUAGAACCUAACUCACAUAAAUCGGAUCCUAUACAGCAAUCUUCCAAUUCUCUUGUUUAUAAUACACUGUCUUCCUCCCAUUAGUUCGAAUUCAAUAAUCUCAAAAAACAAUUAGAGGAUAAGACCAAAGAAAUAUAAUAUCUAAGAUAAACUGAAAAUUAAUACAAAAUCCUUUCGAUUUAGUUUUAGGAGACCAAUUAGAAUCACCAAAUUGAAUUAAAACAACUGCUAGAAUAAAUGGAUGCUUACAAAUAAAGAACAAAUCAUUUAAAAGUCCAAUUAGAAGAGUAUAUUCGUGAAAUUAAUUUGGGUAAUCAAAAAUAUCAAGAAUGCUACUCUCAAAAGGAAGAAUUAUCCAAACAACUCAAAGAUUAACAAUUACAAUAUGACAAUUUACAAAUCUAUGUUCAAAAUAAACAAAAAGAACUUAUUUAACUUUAAGAUAGAGUGGCCAAUGCCGAAAGUUAGAACUUAUAAUCUUAUGAGAUUUAGAAGAGAUCAUAGAUUGAUCCACAAAUCAAAGAAAUUAAUUUAAUCAAUUAAGUCACAAAAUUAGAGAAUAGAAAUUCUGAAUUGGAAAAUAAAUGUGCACUCUUGGCUUAGGAAAUUGAAAGAAUGCGUUUUAACAGCAAUCAAAAUGAGAUACAACAUAUUAAAAUUGAAAAUGAAUAAUUGAAGUAGAACCUAUAAUAGAUGAUGUUAUAGAUACAACAAUUCAAAAAUAUAUAGAAUUCAUCUAAAAUCAAGGAAGACAAUUCUAUUAAGGAUAGGAUGAGAAUCAUUGUUCUGAAUACUGAAAUUGAGAGAUUAUGGUCAGUGAUUGAGGAUUGUGAACAUAGAAAUUAAGAAUAAAUUCAAUAGAUAGAACAUCUCACACAAUAAUUGGGUUUAUUUGAAUAACGAAACUUAUAAUUCGAACAGGAGUCAAUGAGAAAAUUGCAAUAUGAAUAAGACAUUCUGCUAUUAUAAUAACAGUAAGACUUUUGGACACAAAAUCAGAAAGAACUAUAAAACAAAUGCACCUUAUUAACUACCGAGGUUGAGAGACUAAACAUUAUCUUAAGGGAAAAAGACAUCGUUCAUAGUAAGUAUUAAUAUGAAAUUGAAUCCUUGAGCAGAUAACUAGAAUAAAAAUAGAAAGAACUUUAGCAGCAAUAGAACUCAAUUCUGGAAAUGGAGAUUGAAAUCAGCAAUUAUUAAUAAGAAUCAAUGCUGCUUAACAGUGAUAAUGAUAAUUUGAAUAUGAGAAUUUCUAAUUUGGAAGAAGAUAUGAAUGCAUAAAUUAUGGAAUUAACUCAAAACUUUAAAAGAGAGACUUAAAUUCAGGAAUAACAGCUUGAAUAACUUUAGCAUUAAAACAGCGAACUUGAAAAAGUAAUACAAAGUUUAAAAUAAGAACAAACAAUCAUGGAUGGAUAAAAGGAUGAUGAUAAACGAAAAGUAUAGGCUAAUGAAAAUGAAAGAAUCAGUUUGCUUUCAGAAAUUAAAGAUUAUUAAUUAUAAUUGCAAAUUAAUGUUAAAGACAAUAGUAAAAUGAAAGAAGAUUUAAUCAAAGAGAGAAUGAAAAUAGUCAUUUUUGCAAGUGAAAUAGAUCGAUUAUGGAAAGUAAUUGAAGAUUUUACUAAUAAUUUAAAAGCUUACGAGGAAUAAUCUAAUUUAUAGAAUGAAAAAAUUCAUUCAUUAACAAAAUCGAUAUAGUAAUACCAAAAUAUCAUAUCUUAGCAAGAUCAGGAUAGGAAGCAAUAAAGUGUUGUCAUUAAUUAAUCUUUGGAAUCUAAAAUCGCACUUUUAGCGAGUGAAUUAGAAAGAGUUCGAGGUCAGUUAAAUGUAGAGUAAGUAAAAGUUCAAGAUUUUGAUGGUAAGCAAAGGACUUACCUUUAAGAAAUAGAAGAACUCUAUACAUAAAUUGAUGUGUAUUAAUAGGAGAUUUCAAAUUUAUAAAAACAUGGAUUGGAAUUGAGAGAUUUGGAAAUGAAAUUCUAAGCUGAAAGGAUGUCAUGGGAAACUUAGAAAUACUAAUUGAAUAAUUAGUUAUAGGACAAUGAAUAGAGAUUACUCUUAUAAAUUCAAGAAACAAAGAGGUUGAAUAUUGUUACAGAGGAACGACUUCAUGAAAUAGAAUCUUUAAGAUUGCAAUUAAGAAAUUAAAACUAGUUUAAUGAUUAUGACGAGUUGAAAUAGGAAUACACUCGUUUAGAUUAGCAACUUAUGGAAUUCGAAUAAAUUAACUUAAAAUUAAAGGCUAACACACUUACUUUGGAAAAAUAAAAUUAAUUAUUGGAUUCAUAACUAUAAGGAAAAAUCAAAGAAAUGGAGGAGGCGUAUAGUUUGAUGAAUAAAUAAAGGAAAUAAAGUGAAUAAGUUAACAAAGAGGCUGAAAAUAAUCGUAAGACUCUCUCUAUAUUCUAAUAAUAAAAUAGCAACCUAGAGAAUUAGAUCCAAUGUUUAUAGGAACAACUUCACAAAGUUUACAGUGAGAAUGAAAAUCUAUUAUCCUAAAUGACAUACUUAUAAAAUUGUUUAAUAGAUAGGGAUUUGAUAGUGCAGAAUAAGAAUCAAGAAUUGAGUGAGAAAAUAAAAGAAAUUGAUCAAAUGAAAAUCAAGUAUGAAUAGAAAAUUAAUAUUUCAACUUUGCAAUCUUCAGUUGUUCGUAGUUCUUCCUUAACCAAAUAAAUACCAAAAUCUGAAUAGGAAAACAUUAUUUCAGAAUCGUUUUCCAAGUCCAAAUAUAUUUCGACAUCAAUAAUAUAAAGACCUCCGAGAUAAGCUAUGGCUAAAAUUGAUACAGAAAAUAAUAAUUAAUAUCAAUGA